UACAGAUUCUCUGCCUACCCACCCUUCCGGCUUAUAACAAGUCUUUAUCUGGGGAGUCAAGCAUGCAUCGAGGUAGGCAGGCACCCAUGCCACGGUCGCGGUCAAGGGGCGCUCAGGCUACGCCGAUAGGCAACACAACCAGGAUAGCUCGUAGCCUCCAUGAUUCAGCGUCCAGCCCUGGGACAUACUCUUCUCGCUUCGACACGGACCCGAGACGGAAGCAAACUUUGUUGAGCCUUCUUGACUUACUUUCCGAAGUCCACCUCGAUAGUGGGCUGGACACAGAUAUCACCUCCCCACCCAUUACAGAGGACGAGUUACGAGAACCAAUGGCCGCGGAUGAGAAGUUGCAGGAAGUCGGAGCGGAGCAGUUUUUCAAGUUCGAGAAGAAAGUGGAAAACCUAGACAAGGAGCUCCGCAACUUCGCCAAUGCGGCUCGCCAACUUGGUAGCUCAGUCGGCAUUCUAUCGUCAGCUUUCAAAUUGCGUGAACGGCUCACUAAAGUAUCAUUUUUGUUUCGAGAAAAUGCCGCAUCUCUAUUUCCUCGCAAGGUCUCUCGGCACACACGCGAAUCGCUACUUAAUCCUAAUUUGAUGGAUCGCAAACGACGGCGCUCGACAUGGCGGAUCCACCGCCCACCUCCAAGGAUCUCCAACCUGAAACCCUUGCCCUCUCAAUUUGAGAGCUUUGCCAAUGAUGUCGUGACCUUCCUCAAUUGUCUCAGCGAGUUCCCGGAGUUUAAUGACGAGGCCUACCUAAAAUACUGGGCUUCUUGCCUCAACGAGUACAAAACCCAGUUUCGAUCCCCCGCUGUUCAACGCUAUGUACACGACUUGACUACUGAGAUCGGCGAUCACGUAGACAACAUUACAGUAACGCUCUCCAUGUUUAUCGAGAUCGGUGUUCCUACAAUCAGGUUCCAUCAACAACACGCUGCAGCUAACCUUCUGAACUUGUCUACGGUAGCAACCUUCUUUUCGGCCGUGACUGCCUCAACGCUGCAGUUCUCUUCCAUGAGUACAGGAACGGUGUUGGCGGAUGCUGUCAAUGCGUUCUGGUUUUCUUCACUGGUGUUCAGCAUCGCUGCGGCCGUGAACAGUCUCCUCGGACUAACGUGGAAGCAGGCUAUGUACCGCUCCCCUGGGCACAGGGUACCGUGGUGGGUUCUGAUAUGGAUUAAACGCUCUCCACUGGUCUUCCUCGUCAUGUCCGUUGCCUGUUUCUCGACUGGACUCAUGCUCUUCACAUACUCCUCUCCUCAGGGGCCAGUCACUGCAACAAUAAUCACCGUGGUCACAUCCUUUGGCCUUAUCGCUGUGUCAGCCUGGUUCGUAUCCGAACGAUGGAUAUUUGUUCAGCACAGAGGUCAGAAAUGGCUUGGUGAUGUAAUUGCUGAGUUCAUAAACCACGUUGCCAACUUCCGCCUUGUCCGGAUGGCUCGCAUCGCCAUCGACUGGCUCAGCACAUGUGUUGCGGCGCUCUGUGGAUGUUUGCGACGUGUAGCUGAACGGAUAAACAUAUCCCCCGCGCGUAAAGAGAAAGAGGUCUUGCCAGUCUAUAGCGACCCACACGAACCUCGGACCUACCGUCACCCACGCCCUCCCCCGCAUUACCGCCAGGAUACGCACGAAACGAUAUUACCCUUACCAAAUCACGAACCAGCAUUCUCUUCAUGUUCAGACUUUACCGAACGACCUAUUUCACCCGACGAUCAUAGUGAAGUGAGCGUGGGCUCUGGGCAAUCCAAUGCCAAGCAGCGUUUCGUGAAUGCUAUUCGUUCUGUUAUGAUGGUACAGGCUGCCUCGCGACCUCCAAUGUCACCAAGGAGGGAUUCUGCGUGGGAAACUCCGCAGGUCACGUCACCUGGCCGGCUGCAAGAAUCUGGCGUGUCGGCCCUACGAAAUGCACAGAUUGCUCAUUAUGUAGAGAAGCUAAAGCCUCUCGCCCCCAUACAAGAACUUGGUGCACACCAGGCUCUUGUGCGUCAUCUCCAAUUUUCGCCAAAUGGCAAGUUUUUGGCUACAUCGAGUUGGGACAGGACGUCAGUCAUAUUUAAAGUGUCGCCCACAGGCGAACUCUCUACCCAUCGUGUUCUUGUCCAUGUGCGAGGUUUCAUUGGCCAGGUUGCAUGGUCUCCGAACGGCAAGACACUUUUGACUCGUCUCACUCGUUCUGUGAAGGUGUGGACCGAGGAUGGCUAUUGUAAGAAGACCAUCGAACGGCAAAGUACAGUUCAAUCCAUUGUCUGGCUUCCUAACAGUGAAGGUUUCUUGUCUGUCGAAGGAAGUGACGUUGUUAAAUUGGAUUUGGCUGGGAGAGUCUUGAAUACGUACAAUCUUGGACAUGUUCGCCUUCAUAACGUUGCAGUAACGGAGGAUUGUCAACGCUUGAUUGGUGUGGGCCCAUCUAUCAUUCCAGCAGAUGGACCACAACCAAGUCGUCACACUAGGGUAGAGAAGCGUCUUAUUGGUGAGUUCACCCAGACACCGUUUGCCAACGACGUCCGGGACAUUACUAUGGCGAGAAGGGCCUCGGUUGCCCUUAUAUCACCAGAAAAGUCCCCACCUCAGCUCUGGAAGUUGGAAACCGUGAGGGACAGGGAUCAUAAUUGUUAUACUUCACGUCUUAGUUUGAAGCACACGUACAUAAGGAAGGCCCAAUUUGAGCUUGCAGGUCCUUGCUACUUUGGAGGCAGGGAUGACCAAUUCGUGUUAUGUGCUGGAAAAGCCGGCGAUAUUCACAUUUGGGAUCGGGAUUCCGGAUUACUCCUUCGUUAUAUCCGCCCACAAACACCCAACACUUUCGGAGACUUGACUUGCAUUGCAUGGAAUUACGGAACGGACGACACAUUCAUGUUCGCGACAGGUAGUCAUGAUGGUGGGGUCAACGACGAGGAAAUUAUAUUUAUCAUGUUAUGCAACAAAGGGUUUCACGACUAG